AUGGCUCGAGUAUCAUUUGAUGCCGAGUUUAUGAAACAAAUCCUCCCCUCCGUGCCUCUCGACCAUGCAAAGACCUUCCAAGUGGUACGCGACGAGCAGUCGCGCUCUCUUAUCUUCUCCAUAGGUACAGACAGUACACUUUUCUUUCUUCGGCCAGGCGGAACGAACGGUCAAACUUUCCACUGUAAUCUCUCGAAGGCUUUUGGAUUGAGCAAGUCAUCCGUUGUUCACCAAUUAUCAGUGCUCCAGGGCGAGGACAUGUCAAUCUUCCUUGCGUUCAGCGUCGAUGGCGAGAAACCUAAUGACCCAGCUACAGUCUACGUCGUACGGCCUACGAAGCCGGCGGAGUGGCUCGACAUGAAGGCUGACGCAAUUCUCACCGACUGGCUGCUGCAAGGCGCGUCAGAUGAGAAGUACCUCAUCAAGAGUCUCUAUCUCGUGGGAGCCGCUGAUACGACGAAGGGGUAUCCACUUCUUGUUGCGAUCCACACCCAGCCCGACGAGUCUCGACUCGAUGCAGCCCUCCUCGAUAUCGACGUAGGGUCGAAGACGUGGACGUAUUCGAACAUUUUUGAGCUUCCCGAGGAGCCUUCGAAGAUCACCGCUAUGUGUGCCGCCGUCCUACCAGACAGCCUUAGUGGCGUUGUCUACCUCUCUGAAAGCUCAGGCAAGACGCGCUUGACAUUCGCUGGGUUCAGGGGCGGCGCGCACAAUGAACCGUACUCCACCAAACUCUUCCCGCCGCCUGAGGCGCAGAGCAUUGCGACGUUCGUUACCAAGGAAGGUUUCACUGAUUUGGUGAUUGGGGGAAAGGGUCUAUAUCACUACACCUCCCGCCAGAUUGCCAACCUCGACAACCCAAGCGGAGCUGAUUGCUUUGCAACUGUCGUUGAGGACGACCCGUACCUCACGCAGUUGCGCCAGAUUAAUAUCGCGCAGUCCGGAGGUGACAUGACCGUCUUUGGCCGAAAUGGCGACGAUACCGUCGUUUAUCAGCGCUGCAGUGUCGCCUACUCUGGCCCGGAGAUAGCGCAGCUUGUUAUUAAAGAGCGUGCUAUCCCAUUGAUAACGCGUGAACAGGGAGGAGGGCACUUCACCGUACUCCUGGACUCUGCUACAGGCUCGCAGAAGCUCUUCGUUGUCGGGGAGAAGAACCAGCUGACACAGCUGGAACACAGCGGCACCACCCGUCUCUGGCAGCGCAUCCUAGUCCUCGUUCCAUCAGCGGGUGACAACAAGGAGAUCGUUUCGUAUACGACGCACAUUCAUGUCACGGACAAGAGCGGCGUGGCGAUCACGAACAAGAAGUUCUUGCUCUGCAGCUCUGCAGCCGUCGAUAUUGGCAUAAACGGCGGAUCCAUUUUCGCCACGCCCAGCGGCGUGCUAGUUACGACAGAUAUGUCAGGAGACAUCACAUUGAUUCACAACGUCACUGGUCUCAGCUCUGUCGUCUUCACCUUCAAGGAUGAUCCUCAUGGUGACACCGUUCUAGGUAAAGAGUACGUUAUCAACCCAUCCGCGAAGGCUCAGAGCAAGCUCGGAGCCAUCAAAUCCGGGGAUGAUUUGCGUUCAGUGCAGUUGCCAAAUGGCGGCAAGCUCUUGGACCACUCCACGGCGAGCUCCGGAGACAUCGACAUGGUUGCAAAGGCUCUGCCGCAGCUGUGCAGAACUCUCAGCGCCGUACCGCAGGACGGAUCUGAGCACCCAGAGGGAGGUGCCAGUGGCACCUAUUACUUCUCAUUGUCGGAUAUCUCCGACUGGGGUGCACGGGAGUGGGUCACCAAAGCAGUGAAGACAGUCGGGAAAUUCUUCGUGGACGCCUCCAACUUCGUCAUCGAGAUCGCGGGCAAGGUGUACACCUUCGUGCUCAAGUCGCUCUCGCACAUCUUCAAGGCGAUACAUUGGCUGCUGCAGGACGUACUCCACAUUCCUAUCGACAAGAUCAUCGAGUGGCUCGGUUUCGUCUUCGAGUGGGGCGACAUCCUCGACACGCACAACAUCAUCUCCGGGAUAGUCACCACGGCUAUGGACAUCGCCAUCGCGAAGGUCGAGACUUUCGAGCAGGUUAUUGAUGGAUGGUUUCAACAAGCGGAUUUCAUGAUCAGUGCGCUUGAUGCUAUCCCGGGUGACGUUCGUGAUCGCCUGACCGGUCCAUCGGAGGUCAAUGCAGAGUACCAGGCUGCAGAUAAGACCACAUCGGUGAACAAUGCCCCCGGUAGCAACUGGUCAAGUUACCAGAUAAAGCACGGCGGCGUAAAGGAGUCAUUCAGUGCGCAAGGCGGCGAUGCACCCGCAUCCGGGGAUCCUCUCGUUCAAUUCUGGAAUGACGUGGCGUUCCCGGCUUUCGACCAGAUUCGGAAGACGAUGCAAGACGCUAUGCAGGACUUAGCCCGGGUGUUCGACGGCAGCAAGCAGUUCUCGCUCGGACAGUUGCUUGAUCAUUUCGGGGUGGACCUUCUCAGGAACAUCUUGGGUGUGAUUCGCCAGGUUUUCGUGGGCCUCAUCAAGUUCGCCGCAGACUUCGCAACGGAUAUGAGGGCGGCGAUCACGAAGAGCCUCGACAUCCCACUGCUGACGCCGCUUUACAAGUGGAUCACUCAUGGCCAUCAGCUUACCAUCUUGGAUGCUGUCUCCUUACUGGUCGCGGUCCCCCUUACGGUGGUAUACAAGCUGAUUACAGGGCAAAAACCCUCCGAUAGUCCCGACGCGAAGGAGUUCAUCCAGAUGAGCAAGCAGUCGCAUGUCAGCUUCAUGUCGACUUUCGCUGCUCCGUCUUCCGCUUAUCAGUCGGAAGCUUUCAUGUCUAUAGCGUCGUCCGCUCCUCCUUCGCGUCAUCUCUCUCCCCUCGGUAUCGACGUAGAUGAGCUUAUCAAAAAGCUCAAGCCGAUUGUUUUACGUAUCAUCUCAAUUGCCGUGCCUAUCGUGAACGGCAUCAUCCUGCUACUUGCGCCUGCAGACUGGUAUCUAUCGGAUACUACGGCGGAAUCUCAAACCAUUAAGUGGGGCUGGACGACGACAAAGGUUGCCAUCAAGGUGAUAGUGUGUGUCGGGACAUAUCCAUGGGCCGAUGUUCCUGGGCAUCCCAAUCUCCAUCUAUGUCGCCAGCUGACGUGGGGACUCAACAUGUUCAGCAUCUUCGCGGUGCCGUGUCCUGUGCGCGUGCGUGGCGUCGUCUCGCUCGCACUCGGGCUGUUCCAGCUCGUCCCGGAGGGCGCGAGCGUGCCGUGGGCCAUCGAGUCUGCGACCGACGGAUCGUACGGCGGCAACCUCGCUGGCGACACGGUGUGGGCGGACAUUUCCGACAGACUGUUUGCGCUCGUGGGCACUGCUGGGGGAGGGGCUUGCAUGCUCAUGACGAAACCGGACCCCUAUAGUUUCGGAUUUGCGUGGAUGACUUCGGAGGCCGCAAUUAUUUGUGAGACCAUCAAGGCCGUGAAGUUUGAACCGACGGCCUCUGAGGGGAUGCCACAGGCAUCCCUGCAGAGCGUCUUUUGA